AUGAAUUUAGUUACACCUAAACAACGUAAAGAAUGGUUAGACCGUGCUGAAGAUUACGCUGAUUAUUUUAUUCAGCGUACAAAAUAUGUUCUACCGCAUGCGGCACGACUCUGCCUGGUUUCCACGUUUAUCGAAGAUGGUAUUCGAAUGUGGAUGCAAUGGGGUGAUCAACGAGAUUACAUUAUGAAAAGUUGGAAUGUUGGCUGGUUUUUGGGAACAUUGUUCGUGAUCACUAACCUAUUUGGUCAACUUGUUCCAUGUGGAAUGAUCUUAUUGAGAAAAAAGACCGAUCUUGCAUGUGGAAUACUUGUUUUCAUUAUUACUUUUCAAUCCAUUGCAUAUCGGAUUAUACUGGAACCUCGUUUCUUGCUUAGUUUUCGUAAUUUUCUAAAAUCCUGUUCGUUAGUUGGCGGCUUAUUAUUAUUAAUGGUCGAGAAUCGUAAAGAAGCACGUAGUCUAUUCGCUGGUGUGCCGACAAUGCAUAGUAAUGCUCCAAAAAAUUACAUGCAAUUAGCUGGCCGAAUGUUAUUAGUAAUUAUGUUCUUAACCAUCGUUCGCUACGAGUUAUCAUUUACGUCCAUCAUUCAAAAUCUUAUUGGAGGAGUCUGUAUGUUGUUGGUUGCCGUUGGCUUCAAAACCAAACUGUCCGCAUUAUCUCUUGUGGUUUAUUUAACAUUUGUUAAUUUCUAUUCGAACGCUUUCUGGCUCGUACCAAACCACCGUGCAUUACACGAUUUUUUGAAGUACGACUUCUUUCAAACAAUGUCCGUUAUUGGUGGAUUGCUUUACGUCGUUGCGCUUGGUCCAGGCGGUGUAUCACUCGAUGCACGAAAAAAGGAAUGGUAA